CUCCAGGUGUGUGUGGCUGUGGAUGCAUGCCCUGUGGCUGUGGGGGCUGUCAGCCCUGUGGCUGUUGUCCAUCAGCUUGUGGCUGCCUUUGUGGCGGCUGUGCACCCUGUGGAGGCUGUGCCUGCUGCCCUAACAUGCCCUGUGGCGGCUGUGGCCUCUGUGGGGGCUGCUGUGGCCCGAGCCAGACUGACUCUGGAGCCUGUGGGAACCCUCCGCAACAGGGAAGCUCCAACCAAGGCCGCCAAGGACAAAGUGAAAGCCAGGGCAACAAAAGCAAGAAUGCGCCGGUCAAUGCAGCUUCAGGUCCUUGUGGUGGCUGUUGUGGCUGCGGUCCAUGCGGAGGCUGUGGAUGCGGCUGUUCAGGCUGCAAUCCUUGCCAGGGUUGCGUCAGCAACACAGGCAGCGGAUGUUGCGGUUGCGGCGGCUGCGGCUGUGACGGCUGUGGCAGCUGCUGUGGAGGCUGCGCGCCAUGCCAGGGUUGCGCAUGUGGAUGUCCCAGCGCUUGCAGUGGCUGCGGUUGCUGCAGUGGUUGUGGAGGCUGCGCGCCUUGUGUAG